UGUUACAUCCAUCGCCGGAGUCUACUGCAGGUGGCAAUUGGUUCUUUUUCUGCGGUUUUCCCUAGGCAUGAAGCUGCUCAUUUUCUGGUUGCCUAUCUGACUGGCCUACCUAUCUCGGGAUGCUCUUUGGACAUUGGUAAGCAGCAUGUUAACCUCGUUGAUGACCACCUACAGAAGAUGCUAUAUAGUGGCCAGCUCGAUCAAAAGGAAGUGGAUAGGUUGGCUGUGAUCUCCAUGGCCGGACAGGCUGCUGUGGGUUUGGAGUACGACAAGGUCGUUGGCCAAUCAGCCGUCCUCUUCACUCUUCAGAGAUUUCUGAACAGAACUAAGACGCCGCUAGGCAAAGCAUAGCAGCAGAACCUUACGAGAUGGGAUCUCCAGGCCUAAGAAAGUUGAAGUGCGAAGCCUCAAAGCCAAUUGUGUGAAGCCCUACUUAUCCAAGAAUGCAUAAUUAUAUAUUGUAAUAGUAGGCAUAUCAACUUUGUAAGAGACUGAAAAAAUUCAUAGUGGUUGCCAUUGUAUUACACUUGUAGAGCUCAGUUUGUUAUUGUGAUUGCCAUUGUAUUA